CCCUAGCUCAAGCGCCCAACAGUGGCAAACUUUGGUGAAGCAUCCAUCGGUCGGUCGACUUUUCAGAAUGGCAUGCAUGUGGAUCGACCCAUAUGUACAAUUCGGAUGCAGCAUUUCGAUGCUGUUAGCCAUCUUAGAUCGCGACCCCUUCCCCCUCACACCAUGGUCGUGUCGACGAUCAUCAACUUCCUGUCUUGUGCCCAUUCAGAUAUUGCAAAAACGCCACUGUGGUUCAUGGGGAUCUCACCACUUGCCGUACAAUCUGACAUGGCAAUUUGUCGGGUCAGCCUCCGCAUUUCUGGCUUUUGCAUCUGAGCGCAUAGUGAUGCGCAACAUCGUCAUGGUCUUGCGCGCUUCGGUGCCGCACUCCGCCUGGCCGAAAACGGUCGUCAUGGGAUUUGAAUUCCCGAUGUCACUCGCGUCCUCGAUGCCCAUGUGGAAUCACUAA